ACCUAUACAUAAAGGAGCGUUUUGCACUUAGACGUGUACAUACAUACACAUAAUCUUUACUUAAGCAAGGUACAGAAUUCGCCAGCUUAAAACUACCUGAUACAUUUACCGUCUAAUGUCUAAUAUAAUAAAAAUAAUUACAUAAAAAAGCUGCUUUUCCACGAAUGCCGUGCCUUAUGCAUCCUCAGGGACUCUGCUUUCGCCGUUAAGUCGCAAGGAAGGCUGUUCCAAAGAAUGCACCACAAUAGCUAAAGCUAUUUUUAGAGUAGUUUGUGCGCGGCAAUGUACUUAAUGGUAAUUAUCGUGCAAGAGAAAUUAAAACUAAAGAUAUGGACUUGGGCUUGAACUUUUACUUGGACGAUGACAUUACUGAUAGCCUGGCCUGGGCAAAGAGGAUAGAUAAGAUUCCAUAAGCUUUAGAUAUAACGCAAAGAGUUGGCUCUUAAUCGCAGCUUUGGAAACUAGAUUUGAAUCUCUUCUUGCAACGGUUAAUAAUUGAACGUCUAUGGUAGAAGGUCUCAAGAACUAGAACGGUGGACCAAGUACAAAAUUCAGUGACGGCUGUUGAAAGCAAAACAACUGAGCUUAGGAAGAGCGUUGACCAAAUGCGAAGUUAGAAAUUUAAAACUUUAAAACUUGUAUUUGUUUUUUCUGUGGUAGUAGUCAUGAGAUGACCUCAAAUUUGUAUUGUCAUUUCAAAAAUUGCCAUAUAUUGCACUUUGGCCCUUCAGCAAUGCUGCUUGCAUUAUUUAUUGUUUGGUGUAAUUGUUUCUCUUUUUUAUAAUACUGUUGUUGCAGCUCAUAUGAAUUCAUUUUUUCCUCUGCCACCUCUUUCAUAUCAAAAAACCCUUUUCUCCUUUGUGUACUAAUUUUUUCUUCGAAUAAUGGGAUUGAACAACAUUACGUAUUAUCAUUAAAUGCUCGUGGGAUUCGCUCUUUAAUUUCGACAAAAGGAAGGAUAUUUUUAACUGGCUUUUUAAAUCAGAUGUAGACAUGGUUUCUGCAAGAAAAGUAUAGUUACAAAGAAAAAUAAAAUAUUUAGCGCAAACAGAGGAAGGGUGAUACGUUCUUUUCACAUGGAAGCUCGCGUGGUAGGGGUGUACUUAUAAUUAGCGAAGGAGCGGCUACAUUUUAAACUCUUGUCGUCAAAGGUCGAUGAUCAGGGUCGCUACAUUCUACUACAAGCAAUCAUGAUAAAGGACUCUCCAUUUCUUCUAAUCAACAUCUACGCAGUAUGCGCCAAAUGAAUGCGCCGAACAAAGCGAUUUUUCUUAAAUCCAGCUCGGCCGAAAUUAUGACAAGUGUUACGUUUAUCUGAUUGUUCGUUUGUAGUAGGAGAAGAUCCUUUAAUCGAAAUCGAUAUCAGACUUAGCUGGAAGUGGGGAAUUAACAGAAAGAGAAGGAUUCGGUUAAGAAUUUAGAAGUAGGAUAAUUGUUUGGAACUGAUACUUAGUGAAUAUAUGGCGAAUUACCAAUCCAACAGAAAGGCGUUUUAAGUGGCGUCCAAACUUUCCAAUUAUUCAGAGACGGUUAGAUUUUUGGUUGGUAAGUGACACUUUACAAGAAAACGUCGAUUCAGUUAAUAUAAUACCUUCAACAAAAUGGGAUCGUUCUACAAUAACUUUGUCCCUCAAUGGUAUUGAUGAUAGUAAAAGAGAACUCUACCCUAGUAAACGACCAUAAGUAUUGUCAGCUACUCGAAGAAAAGUUUAAAAUGUGGCAAACGCGUAUGUAGCGGAAAAAAAUAAAUUUGCGCCGUGAUCGAGCUAUUGUGCUGUAAUUGUUCGUUUUUAUUUGUACAACUAUAACUAUAGAAUACUGAAUAUCCAUAGAACAACAACCCCGGCCUGGAGGCAAUAAGGCAUCGUCAUUACCAUUAGCAUGUACCAUAUUAAUUAUCUCAUGGUAACCAAAUAUCCUUAGUUUGAAAUUUUGUCUCGUAUUCAGAAAAUUAUUAAGAAGAAUUACGUGUCGCUGGAUACGAAAAUUAUACUAGAUUCUUUCAAAGAAGGUCAAAAUGUUCCUCCUCGUGUAUUAAAAGGCACACGACUAAUAUUAAAAUCAUCAGUCCUUUUUUAUUGCCGUUAGACGUCUGUUUAUGAAACAACGAAGGACUUCGGCUCUUGUGGUUGAGAAAAAAAAAAGUUUUCUUUCUUAGGUACAAAAUUGUCAAAAACCGGCAAUAAUUCCUCUUUUUGUUAUAAUAUUAAUUAAAACUGAAUAAAAAGAGACAAAUUAAUUGCAACCCAGCGAGAACGAUGCAUUGAUUAAAAAUCUUCCUGUGUGGCUGACGAGAUUUUGAAGAGCUCGGUGCAAAUUCAAACUUUUACUUGGGACCACUGACGGCAUUCAAAACUUUAUCAAACAAUGCGUUUAUUUGACUAGUAGCCUACAAACCCCAGUAAACAGGCUCCUUAGAUUAAUUCUAAAAAUACCGAAGCGUUUUUGUAAAAGCAGUUUCUCAGCAUGCGCAUCUAAACCAAAACAAACGUUUAACAGUACAAAAUAUUGUUUUUCUCCAGCCAUAGAAUUAAACUAGCCAAAGUGGCAUGUUCCACUUAAAUUAUCAUUUCCGAAAAUAUAUCAAACAAGUACGAGGUAUCAAUAGAUGUGAACCCUGUUGCAAAGGACAACCUCUAAUUACAAAUGGCUUCCUUCUGUCAUAAAACAUUGCAGAAAUAUUCUGCAGCAAUUCAACACGAAGAAACCUUCAUGAUAGUCAUUUGUGUGCUGAACUUUCUCUUCUCCAUUGCGUCCACUCUCGGAAAUCUCAUUGUAAUUCACGCUCUGUGGAAAGCAUCAUCAAUACCCGCUAAUUUAAAGAAGUUGUUCCUGAGUCUCGCCUUCUCCGACCUAGCGAUAGGAUUGAUCAUUCAACCAACGUCUGCUGUUACUCUUGCAGUGAUGCUGAAUAUGGCAGCGGAUGGAAACUACGACUUUGAUCGUUUCUGCCCCUCUGUAAUAACUGUGGCCACUGUCUGCACAAGUUUCGUCGUAGGAGCAUCGUUCUCCACGAUUACCGCCAUCGCAAUGGACAGAUAUCUUGCUUUGUUUAUUCAUCUUCGAUAUCAAGAGCUUGUCACAGAGAAGCGUGUCAAUAUUGCCUUGCUGAUUUCAUGGGUAAACAGCGCAGUUGUUGCCUGUGCCUUUACGGCACUUCCCAGCAAUAAUGACAUGGUAGCGGUGGCAUUCGUAUCUGUAGGACUUCUUAUCCUGACUGUAGUGUACUUUCGUAUUUACAAAGUUGCGCGAUAUCAUCGAAACCAGAUACAGUGCCAAAAUCAGUUUCAAAAUGAUGAGGUGAGAGAAGUCGCCAGAGUAAGGAAGUCAGCUUUGAAUGCUUUCUAUGUCUACAUUAUUUCGCUCCUCUGUUAUGUUCCAAACUUACUAGCUAGCAUUUUGCUUGAAUUCUAUAAUUUGGCAGUACCCAUUUUAGCAAUAUAUUUUCUGUCCGGUGUUUUGCUUUUCUUAAAUUCUUCAUUAAAUCCACUUGUUUACUGCUGGCGUUAUCGUGAGGUUCGUAAUAUCGUGAAAAACACUGUGUUGAAAAUGGUCACUUACAACAACGCCGAAUGAAAAAGACGGAUAAGUGGUAUAUUUUACGUGCAAUAAAAAUAUAAAGCUUUCCUGCCAACCUAAUAUAACCUAGAUGGCAAAUAACUUAUAAAUGUUACUGAACUAGUGCGAGGUCCGUAUUGCAAAAUAUGAAGGGAAAAAAUAUAUCUUUACUGAACAACUGCCUGUUUUCUCUUGGGCAAUGUUUUAGAAAAGGAAUUCGCAAAACUAAGUCGUGAGCUGUCCGUCAUAGCGAUCCGUAUUGCAAAAUUCUGAGCGCUCAGGGAACAAAGCAGAAUUCUCUCUUUUAUCUUGUAACUGUUUUCUGGAUAAUAAGUGUAAUAUAGUAUAUCGCAAAACUAUGCAAUAAUAAGUGUUAUCAAUAUCAAUAUCAAGAUU